CCGGAAUGUCCUCAAUUCAUGACCAUUACUGAAGUUGAGUAAGCAGCGAUAGUUUCGAUACAAAGCUACAACAUUUUUCGACGAUUGGCAACCGCUUUCCCAUAUGAACCAGGGAGGGCACGCUCUGCCUUGACUGCUAUGAUAUGUGGCGCAGCGCACGAUGAACGAUGAAUCACGACGCGGGCACGUCGAACGUGUGGAUAGUCCGCCUGAACAUGAUGUGACGAUCUCGUCGUACGACCGUAUUGGCAAGGUAUCCGCGUGUGAAUCAGGCCCUACAGUAGCCAAUUCGCUUAUUUGGAACGAGCCCUCAUCUUUCUGCGUUUACGUCUGAGUCUGCGAGAACGCUUCUUCUUCCACUUCUCUCUCAU